AUAUUGUGGUUAAAAAUGUUCAUUUUUUAUUUACGUACCAAUUGAACAAUAAUAACUUUAACUCUAACCUUUGUGUCAUUUUGUUAAGCCGGCUUCAUCAAAUUAUAAUUUGUUAAAAGAAACAAGGAAUAAAAGGAAGUUGAGAGUAUUAUAAUAUAUUAUUAUAAUGGAUGUACAAGGUUCUUUGAAAGAAGCUUUGUAUGAAACGUUAAGUGGAAUUUUGUCUCCUCAUACAGAAACAAGACAAGCAGCUGAACAAAGAAUACAAGCAUUAGAAGUUACAGAGGAAUUUGGUAUACAUUUAACAGAAUUUGUAGUAGAUCCUAAUGGACAUUUACCUAUUAGGCAAUUAGCUUCUGUAUUGUUAAAACAAUAUGUUGAAACUCAUUGGUCUUUUGUGGCUGAGAAAUUUCGUCCUCCUGAAAUAAAAUAUACAACAAAAGAAAGAAUUAAGGAAUUACUGCCAUUAGGACUUCGUGAAUCCAUUAGUAAAGUACGUACAGCAGUAGCAUAUGCGAUAUCAGCUAUUGCACACUGGGAUUGGCCAGAAAAUUGGCCCGGUUUAUUCGAUAUACUUGUUAGUUGUUUAAGCGGGGAAAGCGAAUAUGCCGUUCACGGAGCAAUGCGAGUUUUAACAGAAUUUACUUCAGAUCUUACUGAUAAUCAAUUACCUAAUGUGGGACCAGUAAUUCUUCAAGAAAUGUAUAGAAUAUUUCAAAGUGAAAAUCAAUAUUCUAUUAGAACCCGUGGUCGUGCUGUUGAAAUAUUUACUACAAUUACAACGUUAGUUGCUGCUACUGGAAUUUAUCAAAAAGGAUUUACAGAGCAAUAUCUACAACCGGUUAUUCCCAUGUUUUGUGAAAAAUUUGUUCAUUGUUUACGACUGUCUGAUGGUUCAACUAGCGAUAGCGGACUUAAAACCGAUGUUAUUAAAGCUAUAAAUUGCCUAGUUACUAAGUUACCUAAGUACGUAUCAAGAUUUUUACCUCAGAUGCUACCACCAGUUUGGGAAACUUUAAUACAAAGUGCUAAACUCUAUCAAGAAAGAUCUGUAAAUGGAGAGGGAGAUACAAAUGAUAAAGAAGUCGAUUCAGAUGGUGAAAUAAUUAACUUUAAUAAUUUGAUUAUUGCGAUAUUCGAAUUUAUUCAUUCUAUCGUAGAUCGUAAACGAUUUUCAAAUCUUUUGGAUAAUUUAAUGCAAGAAGUAAUGUAUUAUUUAAUCAUUUUUAUGCAAAUAACCGAUGAUCAAAUCGAAUUAUGGACGACUAGUCCUAAUCAAUUUGUCGAAGAAGACGAUAUAUUUGCUUAUAACGUUCGCAUUUCAGCUCAGGAACUUUUAACGGCUUUAGUGAAUUAUUCCGAGGAAAAAGCGGUGAAUGCACUUUGCGAAGUAGUUACUCGUCAUAUUGAAGCAACUAGUAGAUUACAAAAUACAAACAAUGGAAGCGAGAAUAAUGAAACGUGGUGGAAAUUACGAGAAUCAUCUAUUUUAGCAUUAAGUAAAACAAAAGAUGCCGUUGUGGAAAGGCAGCAAACUGGGAUUCUUCAAUUCGAUAUUAUUAGAUUUUUGGAUACAAUCGUUUUAGCUACUUUAAAGGAUUCAGGAGCACCACCGUUACUUCUUGGUCGUUGUUUAUGUAUCGGUGGCAAAUAUGCUGAGAUAAUGCCACCAGAAAUGAGUUCACGUUUCUUAGAAGCAACAGUUAAUGGAUUGCAAGAGAAUCAACUUUCGUGUAUUCGUAUCAGUGCAGUGAAAGCUAUUUAUUGGUUCUGCAAGGCAUCGAUGAUGGAAAAUAACAAUACCCUGGGCAAUAUUAUACGAUCUCAUUUGCCAAAUAUAUUCCAAGGAGUUUUCAAUUUAGCCAAUCAACCAUCAACGGAAAUUUUAAUAUUAGUAAUGGAAACUCUGCAAGUUUUGGUUUCGCUAGACAAAGCAUUUACCGCUUCAAUGGAGAAUAAAAUUUGUCCCUUAACUAUCGCUGCAUUUUUAAAGUUUUACAGCGAUCCUGAAAUUUUGAAUUUGUGUCAAGAUAUAUUUAAAAGCUUAACGCAAAAUCCUGAUUGCAUAGGACCAUUACAAACUCGAUUGAUACCGACGUUAACUAGCAUGAUGGCUAUAACGCCUAUGAAUAAAUCAAAAGAUGAAAGAUGUCAAAACGUAGCUCUGGAUAUUUUGCAAGUAUUGGUGCAAUAUUCUCCAAGACCGUUGAGUAGCGCAUUGAUAGAAACUGCGUUUCCUGCCGCUUGUCAUUGUAUUUUGAAUUCAGAGGACAACGAAACCUUGCAAAACGGUGGAGAAGUAAUACGGACUUAUCUAGCUGUCGCGGCUCGGCAAGUGACGGUACAUCGAGAUAAUGACGGUCAAACAGGUUUGCAGUAUAUACUGCAGAUCAUCGCUCAGUUAUUGAAUCCUCAGUCGAGCGAGUUUACAGCGACUUUUGUCGGACGAUUGGUGACAACGUUAAUUAGAAAAGCAGGAAACACAUUGGGCGAAAAUCUCGAUCUAUUAUUGAAAGCUGUGCUGAGUAAAAUGCAGCGAGCCGAGACGUUGACCGUGGUACAGAGUUUGCUCAUGAUAUACGCUCAUCUCAUAAACACAGAAUUCGAUGCUGUCCUAAAUUUUCUGUCAACCGUACCCGGUCCAACAGGACAGAGCGCUCUCGCAUUUGUACUCUCUGAAUGGGUCAGCAGGCAACAUUUAUUUUUCGGUAGAUACGACCGAAAGGUAGCAACGGUCGCGCUUUGCAAGAUAUUGGAGUACGGUGUUACUCACGGAGAUAGUCGAUUGAACGAGAUCACUGUCAAAGGAGACGAAAUAUUUUCAGGAAACGAAGAAGGCGUGAGGACUAGGAGUAAAGCCGAAUCACAGCCUUAUCAAUGGACCACUAUACCUGUUUUGGCAAAGAUAUUCAAGCUGAUAAUUAACGAGUUAUCGAACGACAUCGAAGCGGUCGCCGCUAAUCAGGACACGGACGAAUCGGACAACGAAGACGACGAAGACGAUAGUGAAAAUGCCUAUCUAGAUCCAGGCUAUGAAACUAUGUUACUGUUGGGAGAAGCUGCGAACGAGGCUGAGGAAGACGAGGACGAUCCGGACUUGCUGCAAGAUUCCAUCUAUCACUUGAAUUUGAGUCAAUAUCUGCAAGAUUUUUUAUUAAAUUUUUCGACUCAUCAUUGCUUUCCAGCGUACAUUCAGCAUCUAAAUAUUCCGGAACGAAAAGUUUUAAGCAGCUUAAACAUCAACGCAUCGUUCAUGCAAUAGAUAGAUGGAUAUAUAAAUCGUUAAAUAGAUACAUGAACAGAUACACGUGUCAAUGAUAAGGAUUUUUGAAUUUCGUAAUAAAAUAUGUGAUUCUUCAUAUAUAUUUCAUCUUUUUUCUUACUUUUUUCUUACGGCACAUUUUUACCUGUUUCACAUUG